CUAACUGAAUGUUGCGCGGUGUGGAAGUGAUGUCGUUGUCAGAGCCACGUAUUAAAGCUGUAGCUGUAGCUUAAGUGGGCGUGGCUGCAUUCAUGAUGCGACUGGCGAAGCUGACGCAAAGCUUAUCGCUCAGAAAUGCAACGCAAAAGUGCGCGGAUCAGUCGCACGCCAAGCGUCACGGCAGCAGCAGCAGCAACGGUGCGGGGCAGAGCAUUGGCAGCAGCGUCAACGUCAACGGCCUGGCGGCCACAGCGCCAGGGACAGCAGCGACGCGGAGCAGCAGCAGUAGCGGCGGCAGCGGCACCGGCACCGGCACCGGCAGCGGCAGUUGCAGUGGCAACACCAAUAGUAGCAAGCGCAAGUCGAAGCCACGGACAAAGUGUUUCGGUGGCACAGUGUUUCGCUGUUGCCUACCUUGUCGCGGGGGCGGCUCCGCAGCCCCCGCCACAAGUCCGCCCCAAACUCCCGCGCAGACACCGGACGAACUGAAACCCAAGGCACAGACAGCAGCAGCAGAGGCUCUGGCAGAUAAGGACCUGCCCCAGCAGCAACAGCAACAACAACAACAACAGCAGCAACAACUCGACACCGACUUGGAGGCAAUCGGUGGCGGUGAAAAGAAACAUUCGCUCGCAGAUACAAUCGGUACAUCGGUCACCACGCCCAUCUCCCUGAAGACCCUCAUCAACGACGUUGACGAGGAUUUGGAACAGCAGCUGAGCGCAGCGGACAUUGCAGCCGCGAGCUUGGCCAGCGGCUUGGUAGCCAGACGCGCCGAGCCCGAAACCCUUAGCGACGCCAGCGUCUCACCCACCGUGGUGGUGCUGCAGCUCUCGCACACAGUGACAGCUAGCACUGCGCCCAGCCUAGCGCUGCCCGAAGUGACCAGCCUGACGACAGCCAACUCAGCGUCGACAGCAGCAACGCUGCUAUCCACAGCCACAAGCAUCUCCUCAACGUCGCCGUCGCCCAGCGGCGUCUAUCAAUCAGUUAAUCAACCGUCGAGCAGCAGCAGCGGCAGCGGAACUGCUGGAGCAACGCCACCAACAACAGUAGCAUCAACAGCAGCCGCAGCAGCAGCAGCAGCAGCAUCCGGCGUAGCAGGUGGCUCAACGGCGCAACAGCGUUGCAGUUGCCAGCCGCAGACCUCACCACUGCCCCACAUCAAGGAGGAGGAAGAGUCCGAGCAACAGCAUCUGCAGCAGGCGGGCAACAGCCGGCAGCCGAUUAGCAGCAGUCCCAUCAAGGGCCUUGAGGAGCCUCUGCCGCCGAUUACCAUUGCCGGCGGCGGCUAUUGUGGCAGCUGCGAGAGUGUGCACCACAGCUCGGGCACUUCAUCGUCGGCGACAGCCGGUGGCGGUGCCGUACAGCCGGAAUACGUUGGCGGCGCAUCGACGCCAUCGCCGCGCAUCAAGCUCAAAUUUCGCAAGCCGCACAAAUCGUGCUGGUCACGCAUUGUACUCGCGCCCAUUGGCAGCAGCGGGGGCGGCUCAUCGUCGGCGACCGUUAUUGGCAGCAACUCGAACGAGACUCUAGCGUCGAGCGGCAGCACCGGCAACACAAACACAAACAACAGCAGCAGCGUCAGCGUCGGCGUCGCUGCCCAUCAUCGCUUGGCCUCCUCCUCAGCAUCGGCGCUCGCCUCGCAUCCCAGCAACUCGCAGCUGCUGUCCACCACCAAAAUGCAGGCCGAACAGGGCUCCAUUGGUGAUCUGCAGAAGUAUCACAGUCGCUAUCUGAAGAAUCGACGACAUACUCUGGCCAACGUGCGCCCAGAGCUAGAUUCCAAGUAUCGACUAGAGCUGAGGGCAAUAUUUUCUCAGAAACUAAGCUAG